AUGUUGGGUAGCGCAGACAGAGAUGCUAUUUGUUCACUCUCAAUCCUCCUAGGCAAUCAUCGCAACGCCUUGAGUUGUGCGGUUAAACCCCUUUCCCUACUUCUGCCAGACAAAUAUGCACCCUGUGUGGUUCCCACUGUUCCAUCACCCAAGGAACUGCUCUCUCCCAACUGGGGACUUAGUCGACCCAGAGAAUAUGUCAAACUCCUUGAGGGUUUAGUUAGUUCCUGGCGGAUAUUUGCAACCAAACGCGAGGUCCACGUACUUAAUGAUACUCCCUCCUACCUAACACAAUCCAACCACGAAACAAUGACAAGCGAAAACCUCACCGAAUCAGAUGAAAACACUUACAAGGAAUCCUCUUGCUCACCUCCCGACUCUCCUACCACCUCAUCCUCCCUCUUAUCUCCACCGUCAUCUGCGACAACAGCAGCAUCAACGAGCGCUUGUGCCACACCAAAAACUUCGACUGAGACAUCAUUCAGAGGAGUACCUGAUUCUACUGAGCAUGGAAAGGAACGUAGCAGUCGGGCCAAGCGUUACCGCAAGGCACGUGCUUACUUUCAGCCGCACCACCUGUACGCACUGGAGAGCUUUUACAAGCAUCAAACCUACCUCUCAACACAUGACAGAGAAUUGCUCUCUCAGAGACUGGGCCUUUCAGAGGAUAGGGUGAGCUCCUUACAUUCAUUUCUUAUGCAAUAA